AUGGCCUCGAAAUCAUGGGUUCAGAAGCUGACCCCAGCCGCACCUCACGGGUCCGAGCUGCUCAAGCAAGAGCGCGCCAAGAGCAAUAUCGACGCCAAUCAGCUGGCCCAGUUUCUGUUCACCAAGGAAGCGCUUGAACGGAACGAGAGAAUUCUCAAGCUUCUCACUGCGGAUCCUGUCUUCGACAAGUCGCACAACUACUUCCAAGGCCGCGAGGCAAGGAUAGAAGCCUCCCUAGCCAAAGCCAAGCGCCUCCGUCAGCUCCAGGUUCAACACAACUGGACGCAGGAUGAGUUCAUGUGUGCCAACGAGCUGCUCAGCGAGGCCACGCCAUAUGGGCUCCACUACUCCAUGUUCUUGGUGACUCUUCGAGAACAAGGGACGCCCGAGCAACACAAGCUGUUCCUGGAGAAGGCCGAGAACUACGAAAUCAUCGGGUGCUAUGCGCAGACGGAGCUGGGUCAUGGCUCCAAUGUGCGGGGACUUGAGACCACAGCAACGUGGAAUGCAGCCGACAAGACAUUUAUAAUCCACUCGCCUCACUUAACCUCCUCGAAAUGGUGGAUUGGAUCUCUCGGGAUAGUGGCCACCCACGCUGUUGUUAUGGCUCAGCUCAGCGUGAAUGGCAAGAACUAUGGCCCGCAUCCUUUCGUGGUGCCAGUCAGGGAUAUGAUAACUCACGAGCCUCUGCCCAAUGUCCACGUGGGUGACGUUGGGCCAAAGUUUGGCUUCAAUACAAUGGACAACGGCUACCUCCUUCUAAACAAGGUCAAAAUACCUCACGUCAACAUGCUUGCAAGGUUCUCGCGCAUCGAUCCAGAGACAAGCAAGUACACUCGGCCGGCCAAUCCGUCCCUAAUCUACGGCACGCUCACUUUCGUACGAGCAGAUAUUGUGCUCAAGUCUGGCUCCGUCCUAGCCCGUGGAGUGACGAUCGCAACCCGCUACUGCGCAGUACGGCGGCAGUUCCAGGACCAAGACGCCGAGGCGUCUCAAGCAGGGGAGAACCAGGUGCUCAAUUACACUAUGGUGCAAUAUCGCCUGCUGCCUCUGCUUGCAACAACGUUUGCACUCCACUUCACAGGCCGUGGAAUGAUUCGGAUGUACCAGGAGAAUCAGAAGCGCAUGUCAGCCAGUCGGGACGCAAGCAAGUCGGAAGACACCAAACGUCACCCCGGACCAGAAGAACUGAAUCCUGGAACCGAUCUUCUCGCUGAUUUGCAUGCGACCUCAUGCGCGCUGAAAGCAUACGGUAGCACGAUGGCAGCCGAGGGGCUUGAAGUCUGCCGUCGCGCGUGCGGAGGUCACGGCUACUCGUCCUUUUCAGGCAUCGGGUCAUACUAUGCGGAUUAUCUGCCUACAGUGACGUGGGAAGGUGACAACUACAUGUUGACGCAACAAGUGGCCCGAUACCUGCUGAAGUCGGCGCGCGCUGUGCUCGCAGGCAAAGCGGCUGCCAACGACACGACGCGCAUCUUGAAAGCAUUCCUAGCUCGUCAGGACAUGGGCGCUGCUUUCGAUGUUCUGGGAUCCGAUACCGAUCUCGUGGAUGCAUUCGCCUGGCGCGUGGCUUUCCUCACAUUCGAGGCAUUGCGACACCGAGAUGAAGAGAAGCAAUCUUGGAACAGUCUUCUAGUUGACUUCUGGCGGUUAAGCACCGCUCAUGCGCAGUACAUGGUGGUCAAGUCAUUCCACGAUGCUCUCAGCGAGCCUGCGACGCAAGAGUCGCUGCCUCAAGACACCAUCACCAUUCUGUACCAGCUAUUCCGGCUUUUUGCGCUCCACACUCUAGAACAGGAAGCCUCCGAGUUCUUCAUGAGCGCUGCCACCACGGUGCGCCAAAUCCAGCUGGCACGCAAGGCUUCGAUGAAAUUACUCGAGGAAAUCCGUCCACACGCGGUGCGAUUGGUCGAUGCCUGGAGCUUUCCAGACUGGCAAUUAGACUCGAGUCUCGGACGAUCGGAUGGGAAGGUUUACGAAGAUAUGUUCCACAGAGCGAGUUCGCUGAAUGCGUUAAACAAGGUGAUUGUUGAUCCCUAUCCCAACAGCAGAGUACUAUUCAAGAAGGAUGGGAGAACAAGCAAGCUGUAA